AUGGAUGACGAGGACGGAGAUGUUAUCAUGCCGGAUGCGCCGCCGCUAGAGCCGGGUACCAUCCACACUCCUCCCCCAGCCCCUCAGUCAGCCCCGACGAUCAUAAAGGUACCCAUCCGCCGGCGGGAAAAGAAAAUGGUCUUGUCGUUUAUCCCGUACGAUAACCCGGCCGUGCUUUCUGUGGUCCCGUGGCGGUGGCACCGCAAUCUGGGCGGCAUCUUCUGGUUCCGGUAUACCGACUUCCGCGGUUGGCCCGCGCUGCAGCCGACGGCGAACAUACCGCGCAUCAGGGAGUACUUUGGCGCCCUCGACGACAACGACGAGCGCGCUGGCUGCGACCCGCUCUUGCUUGAGGCCCGCCGCUGGUGCUGUUCAGUUCAAGGCUUCUGCGUACUCGAGCCUGAGCUCAGGUGGUUGAUGACGCUCAUCUUUGACCUCGUCAACUUCGCUGUCGAGAGGCAAAGGACGGCGCGGAAUUUGGCGCAGCACUCUUGCCGCGACGACGGAAAAUCGACUGGAAACUCACCCGAGGAGGAUUUAGAUCCGGAGAAGGUGCUCUGGGAGGGCCGUUACUACCUCUAUUUUUUGAUAAUGGCCGCGAAGGUGUUGAAGAGAGAAUUCAAGGUCGAGGGCUUGACUAUCCCGUCCCUGCCAUGGUUCAGUAUUUAG